AAGUAAGAAUGGACGCUCCAAAAUCUGUUCUAUUGCUGAUUUUAUUACUGAUUGCCGGAAUAAACUCACAAUAUCCAGAUUAUAUUGACUAUUACGGUUUUCCUUACGGUGCACAGAUUCCUCAAGGUCAAUUGAUUGGUAUCGCAGGAGUGGAUCCUAUAACUGGAGCUAUAACAGGAGCAAUCACAGGCGGAUUGAUGGGAAUCUUUCAUCAUGUUAUAAUCAGUGCUGUAUUAGGAAAUGCAUUUACACUCACAGCUAAGGACAUUCAUAUAGUUUCGAUAUUGCAAACACCUAUCUACAUGUCUCUGACUGAUUUGAUGGAAAAAAGCUCCCAUUCUUAUGAUUAUAUGAUAAUGAAGUAUGCGGUAACAGUUCACUAA